AUGGUAAAAUUAACAUCUGAUCUUAUUGCUAAACAAACACCUGGUCAUAAUAAACGACGUGCUGAUGAAUCCGUUGAACAUUAUCUUUCACGUCUUACACAUUUACCAUUUCAAAAUCGAGGCAUUGAAUCUAUUGAAUCAAUUCCACCUUGUCGUCAAUUAACAGUAAUUUAUCUCUAUGAUAAUAUUUUAACUAAAAUUGAAAAUUUAAAUUUUGCUGAAAAUUUAACACAUCUUUAUUUACAAAAUAAUCGUUUACAAAAAUUAGAAAAUCUUGAUUGUUGUCCGAAAUUACAAAAAUUAUAUCUUGGUGGUAAUCAAAUUCAAGUUCUUGAAGGUCUUGAUAAAAAUAUUCAUAUUAAAGAAAUUUAUAUUGAAAAUCAACGUUUACCACAAGGUGAAAAACUUGUUUUUGAACCACGAACUUUACAGUGUUUAUCACAUGGUCUUGAAAUUUUAAAUGUUAGUGGCAAUAAUUUAGAUUCUCUAACGGAAUUAAGUUGUUUGGAAAAGUUACAAGAAUUAUCAGCAAGCAAUAAUAGUUUAGAAGAUCUUCGUGAACUUGUUCAACUUUUAAGUAUAUGGCCACGUUUAAGAAGACUUGAUACAAAUCGAAAUCCAUUAUGUGCAAAAGGACGUUAUCGUGAACGAUUAAUUGUUGUUUCAACAACAUUAGAAAUGCUUGAUGGAAAACAAAUAACAGAUAAUUCUCGACAAUUUUUAAAAAGUUGGAAAGCUUCACGUGAAGCUUUACAAACACGAGAAAGAUCUAGACCAGAUUUUCAUGAAACAUCAAUGCACUAUCCAAAUCAUCGUAUUUCUGUAACUCUGCCAACCAUUAGUGCGAAAGUUGGACGAGCACAAUCAAUGACAAUACAUCAAAUGCCAGAUCAUCAUCAUAAUGUAAUUAAAAACGAUAUUGGUCCAGCUAAAACUAGUCAAUUUCAGAUGCCUUUGGGAGAAAGUGAUCAUCGAAAAUUUACUUCAGGAUCAAAUAGAAUAUUAAGCCAUUCAUCAUCUAAAAGCUCAAACAAUCCUGAAUUAACAAUUUCAAAUCAUGGUCGCCUUUUCACUGCUCAAAAUCCAACAUAUUUUAAAUGA